UUCAAGAUGAGAUUUUGGAUCUUGGGUUCUUCGAUGAAGCUGCUAAUUUUUGCUAUCUACUUGUGUUUGGUGAACCCAAUUCACGCUGAUGCCACAGGUAUCUCAUGCCCGUUGUAUAGCACACCACAAGACUGCAAACGGACCUGCUACAAUAACUGCAACAACCUGAACAGCAUAACUGAAGCCUGCCAUGAAAUAUGCCAGCCUGGAUGUGAUUGUGUAGAUGGUUAUGUCUUUGAAUCCGAGAACUCUAACGUCUGUGUCCCCAUUUCACAGUGUAAAGUUUUGUGUCCAGAAAACAUGACCUUUAAUCCCUGCCUUAGAAUACCUCAGUUGUCUUGUAAAACUCUGUACAUGCACCCUGUAAGAUCACGUUAUUGCAUGCCACGUUGUGUGUGUCGUACAGGAUAUGUUCUUACUGAUCACCCUGGGGAUGGUCUACCCUGUAUAAAAAUCUCUGAGUGCCCAAAAAUACCAAAACCUCCAAAUCCUGGAAAUCCAUAAUGAAAACAUUCAAAUUAUU